UAAGUUGUCCGAAUGACUGCCUCGGCACCCUCUUAAAUUCUGUACCAGAGACUCUGCCUCACUGCCUCGCUGUAGGCCCAGCCGUGUCGAACAGCUCCUGCCAGGGGGGCGGACCAGGUCCUCAGCCCGGCUCUGGCGGGAUCUGUCCAGCGUGGCACGUGUGCUCUGCAAGCUUUUCUUUUCGCACAGCCGAGGCAGAGAUGUGGGCCAGGCCAGUCGGGCGUUCUGUGUCCUCUCCCACCUUUCCCCUAAUAGUCCCACGCCCUCCCCUUGUCCCAAAACAGUCUGACCUGGGUGACAGCGGGAAAGAGGAGCCUUAAGUUGAAAACAAACAGAGGAGUGGGGCGGAUCUGCCCUUUAGCAUCUUGACAAGACCAACUCUUUGUGCCAUCUCGGCUCAGCUUGUUCUCCAUCCCUCCUCUCAACUUCCCUUUUCUACCUGGUUUCUAGAUUGUCUAGGUGGGUGGUAGCUGCUGACAGUCAUAUGACGGUGCCCGGGAUACUCGAGACGGUGGUCCCCUUCCCACUGCAUCCCUCCGGUGACCGUGGGCACGGACCAUGAGAAAGGCGCAAAACAGCUCUCGUGGGACCCAGAACCGCGCACCUCUCCUCGGCGGGCCUGGGUCUGAGCCCUACCUGGAGGCUGCGAGAUGCCGGAUGGAGCGCGCCUGCGCACUGGCUGCCAGCCUGGACCGGAAGUGGGCGGGUGGAAGAUAAAUCUUUGUAGUGGGCGGUACUUGGUGCGGCCGCAGAGAGGUUGCAGCAUUUGGAGCUUUUGCUGCAGGCUCAAUAUCGGUACAGGCUGGUCUUGACAGCUGCGAGGGAUCGACAGACGGACAGACUGACGGUCGGACCGGACCAACAGAUAGACCAUGCCGCGCUCCCACAGGCCUCCACUACCUGCGCAGCGGGCUCCUGCCGCCAAUGCCCUUGAGCCCAAGUCUGAUGGUGUUGUGGCCAUGACUUUCAAGAUUUUUCUCCUUUUCGCAGGACUCAUGGUUAAACAACAAUUUUCAGAAUUCAGCCUCAUUGAUGCUACUCAUAAAGAUGUGGAUGUGCUGUUACUGCUUUCUAACUCUGCCUACUACGUGGCCUAUUAUGAUGAUGAAGUGGAUAAAGUAAACCAAUAUCAGCGACUAAGUCUAGAAAACCUGGAAAAAAUAGAAAUAGGUCCAGAACCCACUCUUUUCGGUAAGCCAAAGUUUUCCUGCAUGCGACUGCACUACAGAUAUAAAGAAACAAGUGGUUAUUUCCACACACUGAGAGCUGUGCCACGUAAUCCAGAAGAAGAUGGAAAAGACACCCUUCAGUGCAUUGCAGAGAUGUUGCAGAUCACUAAGCAAGCUGUGGGACUAGACGUGCCCAUAAUCGAGAGAAAACUCGAGAGGAAGAGCAGUAAACCUCAUGAAGGAAUCAUUGGUAUCAGAUCUCAAAACCAAGGCUCUUUGGCCCAGGGGAAGAAUUUUUUAAUGAGCAAAUUUUCCUCUCUAAAUCAAAAAGUGAGACAGACCAAAUCCAAUGUAAAUAUUGGCAACCUGCGAAAGUUAGGAAACUUUACAAAACCUGAAAUGAAAGUUAAUUUUUUAAAACCAAAUUUAAAAGUCAACCUUUGGAAGUCAGAUAGUAGUCUUGAGACUAUAGAAAACUCAGGAGGGAUGAUGGAUAAGGUCCAGGCAGAGUCUGAUGAAGACAUGUCUUCAGAUGACUCAUACCACUCUGAUGAAUUCCUUACCAAUUCCAAGUCGGAUGAAGACAAGCAGCGAGGUAAUUCUUUAGAGAGUGUAGGGCCGAUCGAUUAUGUUCUUCCCAGUUGUGGUAUUAUUGCUUCAGCACCUCGAUUAGGCAGUCGAUCUCAGUCUAUUAGCAGCACUGAUAUUAGCAUUCAUGCUCCUUCAGAGGUCACUGUUGCUAAAGGAAGUGGGCUUGGAAGAGGCCAGGAGUCUCCUUUGAACAAGAGCCCUUCUGCUGACAACAUACAUGCACUGACUGGCUUUGCUAAGCCUGUGGAUAUUUACUGCCACAGAUUUGUCCAAGAUGCACAAAACAAAAUGACUGAGCUGUCAGAGACCAAGUCUGUGUCUCAGCAAGCUAGUGAGGAAGGAAAUCAAAUGACCAAUCUAGUUUCUAAUGAAGAAACUCAAUCAGAAUCAACAGAACAAACACCUUCUCGGCCAUCUCGUUUAGAUGUGUCUUCUGGGACAGGCCCCCAGUUCCUGUCAGUUGAACCAGUUCACUCAGUUGUAUCUCGAAAGACUCCCAGCUCUGGUCUCAGCAUGGAACUUGAGGCAGGGCGUCAUGUAACUCCUUCCCCUUCUGAGAGCAAUAGCAGCAGAGCAGUCUCUCCCUUCGCAAAGAUUCGCAGCUCCAUGGUCCAGGUUGCUAGUAUUACCCAAGCUGGGUUCACCCAUGGGAUAAACCUGGCAGUAGCCAAAGUUCAGAAGAGUCCUGCAGAACCUGAAGUAGUUAAUGAAGUCCAACAAAAUGAACUUAAAAAUAUGUUUAUACAAUGUCAGACACGAAUAAUCCAGAUUUAGAUUUUAGACACAAAGAACCUUGUGGGUUUUAAAAAUGUUUUCACAUAUUAGGCUAUUUUAACUUGUAUUGUUUGAUUCUAGGGAUCACCAGUUCUGGUUAUUGGGAAGGGUUUUCAAAGGAGGCUGAAUUUGAGUAGAUUUCCAGACUUGAGAGCUAUGACUCUAGGCAGUGUCAUCCUACGUUGUGUAGACCUGAGUAGCAU